AUGUAUCAAGCUCGGUAUUCAAGGCUCCUAUUUCUGCUCGCAGGAAUGUUUCAAGGGCAGCUGGACGUCUCACAAGCUGCUCCACAAAAAAGCAAGUAUGAAGACAAGCACCAGACUGAAGAUAAGAACUGCGUGGAGAAGGACACCAACACAGAUCCCUGGCUGGGAUACCGCUACACAGGCAAACUACGGCCACACUACCCACUGACCCCCAUGCGACCGGUUCCUGGUGACAUCCAAAGACCCGACUAUGCGGAUCAUCCCAGAGGUAACAGAACUUUUUCAUGGCUCUACACAAUCAGGACAGGUAACAGGCCAGCUUUAAGGUGUUUGUCAAAGCAGUGGAUUCUCUCUUGGUUGGUACUGACUCAGUCCAUAGUGGUAAUAACUGGUUUGACUGUGGACAGAUCCACUGGUUUCCAGUUGAUGAGAGUCUCCUGGCCGUUGAUCAUCCUAACUGAUGUCUUUUCCUCUGAAGGUGGCCGUUUGGCUCUAAGUGGACUGUUAAAACCUGAUGCUCGGACUCUGAACUGUAACUGGCCCCAUGUUUUGAUAAUAAUGAAAGCUCUGAUCGGUUGUACGUGGCUCUGCUCUGAUGCAGCCACCGCUGGUUCUGCUGGGUCGGCACCCACCAGCUGCUGGUUCUCUGUGUUCCAGGCCUGCGUGGCGAGGAAGUGCUACCCGUCUCCUCUCAACUACUACAACUUCCCCAAGUCCUGCUGCACGUCUGUCAACGAGGUGAUCUGCCACGGCAUCCCGGACCGGAGAGCUCUGCAGGACGGAGACAUCCUGAACGUGGACAUCACUGUCUACCAUAACGGUUUCCAUGGCGACCUGAACGAGACCUUCUUCGUGGGCGAGGUGGAGGAAGAAGCCAARAGGCUGGUGCAGACGACGUACGAAUGUCUGAUGCAAGCCAUCGACUCGGUGAAGCCCGGGGUGCGCUACCGGGAGCUGGGGAACAUCAUCCAGAAGCACGCUCAGGCCAACGGCUUCUCCGUGGUGCGCAGCUACUGCGGCCACGGCAUCCACCGGCUUUUCCACACGGCGCCCAACGUCCCACAUUACGCCAGUGAGUCGCAGCGGGAAGCUACGGCAGGCCAGUUUAACAUAAAAUCACCACAUUCCACAGAUCUGAACAUGAAUUUUAUUACACGCAUUUUAAUCAAAACAUAUUGCGGCUGGCAGGACGAGACGUGGCCCGACGGCUGGACGGCGGUGACCCGGGACGGGAAGCGGUCGGCCCAGUUCGAGCACACCCUGUUGGUGACGGAGAYGGGCUGCGAGGUUCUGACGCGCCGCCUGGAGGACAACGGCCGCGCUCACUUCCUGGCCCAGAUGUAGGCGCCGCCGGAACCGGCGCCCAGGACUGGAMCCGACCAGACGCCCGGCACCGCAAACUCACUCACRGCUCAAAGGAAACUCUGAAUUAAAAUGGGUUCCUCAGAUGAAGUGGAAGUUCUGGAAUGUGUCUGUAAAGUUUUCUCAGUUUGGUCAGUCGUCCGGAGGAAGCGGAUAUUUAUGAAGUUCACCCACGCUUUGCCAGAACCUUCCUGGAGGUUCUUCUCCAGGGAGAAAAAGUUCCUGGAAAGUUCUGGAAAAGUCCCAAAAGAAUGAGUUUAGGUUUGGAGAGUCAGUGAAGUUUAAAUCUUUAUUUCCAGAGCAGAAUGCGGCGCAGAGCUGCAGCUUCAACUCAAACCAUCAUCAAACGGCCAUCCCGAGCUAGCUUAGCUUAGCUUAGCUUAGCUUAYGAUGCAGCUGCUGCAUGACGGAGGUUCUGGUACCGUGAGCUCUGGUGUAGCAAAACGAGCCUUAACGUGUGGAUGUGUGACCUCUGACCUGCUCGUCUCACCUUCAUCCUGCGUCACCUGGAUGCCGUCGUUGUUUCUCUGCACUCUUUGUACUUCUGAUGGAGUAAUAAAUGACUCUUCUGUA